AAAAAAAAUUAGAACAAGCGCAUAGUUGGGCCGGGCCUGCUCGCAUCGGAUCCCCAAGGAAAACCACCCCCUCCAUUCUUCUCGGCGGAGGCGGAGGCGGAGGCGAGCGAGGAACCCUAGCCGCGCGAGGAAGAAGGAGCGCCCAGAUCCCCAAGGCCGGCGACGAUGGCGGCGGUUCGGUGCGCGGCCAGGAGGCUCGGUGGCUCCCUGCUCCAGCGGACGCAGGCGGAGGAGCGACGCCGGCUCGUGCCAAGCAGGCUCAUGCGCUCCCGCCACCUCACCACCGAGCAAGCGCAAGAGAUCCAGCAGAAGAAGGAGGCAUUCUAUGACGCGGUGUCUAAUGUGGAGCUUAAGAUGAAGGAGUUCAAUGAUGCCUUAGUUAAGGCGGUGGAUCCUACUGGCCAGAAGCAUCUUUCUGCGCCACGGACUGGCUAUGAGCGCCUUAAGAUGUAUGGAUUAAGAGCUCUGGGUGUGAUAGAGUUAACUUCCAAGACGGCCGUCUUCGUGGUGUUUGCUCUUUCCUUCGUUCGUCUCAGCAGCAUGAAGACCGAAGAGUUGACGUCAAGGGAAACCACCACUGAAGUGAAGGCCGCAAAUUGACAAGCCCAACAUGGAUUGCGCCCCAGCUUGUUCUUCACUCUCUAAUUAUCAACUGCAGUUUGGCUACCUAGCACUAUGCUAUCUUUGUGAUGGUGCGUGAUGUCGCAUGCUGUUAUACCUCUAUAUAUCUCUUUGUUCGGACCGGACGGGUGAUGUCAACAUAUAUGCAUGCAUUGUUGCUGGUGUUA